AUGGCCUCUCACGCCGGCCCUACCACGAAGGAGAGGAAAUAUGAUCGCCAGCUGCGGCUCUGGGCUGCCAGCGGCCAGCAAGCCCUAGAGUCUUCUCGAGUGCUUCUCAUAAACUCAGAUGGCCCCGUGGAUAGUGAUGGCUCGGAGUUGACAGGCGUUGUGGGCGUUGAGACCCUGAAGAAUCUCGUUCUACCGGGGAUAGGUGGCUUUACGAUUGUUGAUCCUGCAACUGUCUCUGAACUUGAUCUAGGGGUGAACUUCCUCCUAUCUGAGGACAGCCUGGGUAAAUCCAGGGCUGAGGAGACAUGUAAAUAUCUUCGGGAGCUGAAUGAAGAUGUUGAUGGGUGGGCCUAUAAAAUGCCCAUUUUAGAUGCCCUUAAAGAUCAGAGCUUUCUGCCACAACACCAGCUUGUCAUAGUUUCCGGGCCAAUACGGCAGUCUACCCUUCGAGCCAUAUCACAAGCCUCAAGGCGGCUAGAUAUACCUCUAAUGUACACACACUCGGUAGGGUUCUAUGCAUCUUUUUCGCUGCAGCUGCCGUCUGUUUUCCCUAUAGUCGAGACACACCCGGAUGCUAGUUCCACCGAAGAUCUUCGUUUAACAAAUCCUUGGCCAGAACUUGCAGCCGCUGCGGGCAAAGCAGAAAAUCUAGAUGGUAUGGACGAUCACCAGCAUGGGCAUGUGCCUUAUUUGAUACUUUUGCUACAUUUUCUUGAGCAGUGGAAGGCCAACCAUAGUGGCCAGUACCCUCAGAACUACCAGGAAAAAUCCGAGUUCAGAGACAUGGUUAGGUCCAAGGCUAGAACUAAUAAUCCGGAAGGAGGGGAAGAAAACUUCGACGAGGCUGUGGCGGCCGUUUUGAAGAGCAUAGGUCCUUACUCCUUGAGUAGCGACUUGCGCAAUGCCUUUGGGAUGGAAGAGUGUUCGCAAUUAACAACCAGCUCGUCCAAUUUCUGGAUAAUAACAGCAUCAGUCAAAAGGUUUUAUGAAACACAUUCUGUGCUUCCCUUGUCUGGGUCACUUCCAGACAUGAAGGCUCAGUCAUCGGAUUAUAUCUGGCUACAAAACAUAUACAAAUCAAAAGCACGACAGGAUGCUGCCGAAGUGCUUGCCACUGUUCGGAAUCUUGAAUGCAAGCUACGUGCUGGCUUGGAGAGAGUGCCAAUAUCAGAAAAGGAGGUUGAGAUUUUCUGCAAGAACGCUGCUCAUAUAAAAGUGAUUAAGGGCCGCGACAUUCCAUUAUUACCCCUAGAUCAGUCAGACGAAAAUUCGCAGCGAAUAGUGAAGGCUAUUAAGAGUAGUCUGGAGAUUCCCGACUCCCUUAUUCCCAUUUUCAUCGCUCUCAGUACUCUUGACAGCCUAGUGGCGGAAUUUAAAGAGACGGGCUGUUUAAACAAGGCAGAGGGACCGUCGUACCUCGAUGAAACAGAAAAUUGGACGGCAAUACUCUCGAAACACCUAGCUGGCCUAGGCCUGGGUGAAAACGGCAUGGACGAAAGUGAAAGCGAUAUUAAGUCCCAGAUAGAAUCAGCCGUAGCGGAAGUACGGCGAGCGGGGAUUGGAGAACUGCAUAAUAUCUCAGCUAUGGCAGGUGGCUGUAUAGCCCAGGAGGCACUCAAAGUGCUCACCAGGCAAUACGUGCCUCUUGACAAUACCUUUAUCUUAGACGGAGUAAGGUCUCGGGGUGAGAUGUUUAGGAUAUGA